CUUAAAAUUAUAUAUAUUUAAAUAUAAUAACUUUGCAAUUGUAAUAUUAAUUAUAUUAAUAUUAAUAUAAAAACUAUGGCAAAAAAAAAACAUAGUAAUUUAAGUAUAUGGAAACCACUAAAAUUAGAAGGUUCUGUAUUUUCGGGCAAUGUUGAGGAUUUAAUUGGUAUUGAAGAAUUAACUGAUUAUAAAUUAGAAAAAGAAAAUAAUAAAACAAAAAUUGUAAUUUAUAAUGACAAAAAUGAUAAGAAAGAACCUAAGAUUUCACGAAAGCAUAAACAUUCCAAUAAAUGGUUGGAAAAUGACAUAGAUGUUACUGAACCAUUAUUGAAGAAAACUAAAAAAAUGAAACUUAAAGAAAAAAAUGAUAAAGAAAUAAAAAAAGAAUUAUCUCCAAGAAAUGAUUUAAAUAUUAAUUCUAAUAAUGAUAAUCAGUUUUUUAAUGAAUGUAAUGAGAGUAAAAAUGAUAUGUAUGAUAUUGAUGCGCAACAAUGGCAAAUAUUAGGUGUAUCCACUCCUAUAAUAAAGGCAUUAAAAGAUCAACAAUUUUAUCAACCAACUCCUAUACAAGCAUUAACUUUACCACCAGCAAUAUUAGGUCAUAGAGAUAUAUUAGGUGCUGCUGAAACAGGUAGUGGCAAAACAUUAGCAUUUGGAAUUCCAAUUAUAAAUGGUAUUUUGGAAUUAAAAAAUAAGCAAUCUGAUCAGAUAAAUAUAAAAUCUGAAAAAGAAAGAAAUAAAAUUAUUGAGAACAAAGGUUGGAUAUGCUCUGAAAAUAAAACAAUAGAAAUUGAUAAUAGCUCAUCUGAAUCUGAUUAUGAAGAAGAUAUUGAUAGUGUUAAUGAAAACAAUAUAGGUUGUGUACGUGUAAUUAAUAAUAUUAAAUUUAAUGAAACAAAUACAGAAAAUUAUAUGGAAAAACCACUAUAUGCCUUAAUAUUGACUCCAACUCGUGAGUUAGCUAUUCAAAUUAAGGAUCAUUUGACUAAAGCAGCAAAAUAUGUAGAUAUUAAAAUAGCUGUAGUAUUAGGAGGAAUGGCAGCUGUUAAACAAGAAAGAAUAUUAAGUAAAGGUCCUGAAAUUGUAAUUGCAACACCUGGUAGAUUAUGGGAAUUGAUACAGUAUGGUAAUCCACAUCUUUGUAAAGUAGAUUCUGUUAAGUAUUUGGUUAUUGAUGAAACAGAUAGAAUGUUAGAAAAAGGACAUUUCCAAGAAUUGCAACAGUUAUUGGAAAAAAUAAAUACAAAUGAAAAAAGAUUGAGAGAAAGACAAACAUUUGUAUUUUCUGCUACGUUAACUAUGGUACAUGAUAUUCCAGAAUAUUUACAAAAGAAAAAAAGAAAACAUAUUAAAAGCAAGAUAAAAAAACUUACACCUAGUCAGAAAUUAGAAAAAAUUAUGGAAUUAGUAGGAAUAAAGAAUCCAAAAAUUAUUGAUGUUACAAAAGAAUCAGGCAUUACCGCUAAUUUAACGGAAUGUAGAAUAGCUUGUACAAUAGAUCAUAAAGAUUAUUAUCUUUAUUAUUUUUUGAAAAGAUAUACUGGUAGAACAUUAGUGUUUUGUAACAGUAUUGGUUGCGUAAAACGGUUAAGUACUCUUUUUGGAAUUCUUGAUUGUAAACCUUUACCGUUACAUGCAAGUAUGCAGCAAAGACAACGAUUAAAAAAUCUUGAAAGAUUUCAGACAGAUGAAAAUGGAUUAUUAAUAGCUACUGAUGUAGCUGCAAGAGGUUUGGAUAUUCCAAAUAUUGAACAUGUGAUACAUUAUCAAGUUCCCAGAACGAGUGAGAGUUAUGUACAUAGAAGUGGCAGAACAGCAAGAGCAGAAAAAAAUGGCAUAACAGUACUUAUGAUGGAACCUUCUGAAAAACAAUACUAUAGUAAAUUAUGUAAAACACUUGGUCGCACGGAAGAUUUACCGAUGUUUCCUGUAGUAGAUAAACUAUUAAUUGCUGUAAAAGAAAGAGUUGAUAUUGCUCGAGAAAUUGAUAAAUUGGAAUUGAAGUGUCGUAGAGAUAAUUCACAAAAAGGUUGGUUACGUAAAGCAAUUGAAGAUAUGGAUUUGGUUUUAGAAGAGGACGAAGAAGAUUCAGAGUUAAGAAUAAAAGAACAAGCAGAUUUAAAACAUCAAUUAAAAAUAAAAAAACGUCAAUUAACAUCACUUAUGUCAAAACUGCUAUUUCCAAAAGGAUUUUCCGGAAAAUAUCCAGAUGUUAAUAUUGAACUUAAAUUAGAUGAGGAUAAUCAAAAAGCUAUUGAUGUAAUGAAAAGAGUUAUAGAAGAAAUUCCAAAAAAAAAGAAAGAAAGAAAUAAAAAAUCUAAUACAUCUUUUAAAACAGCUUCUUAUAAAAUUAAAGCUUUAAAGAAAAAAAAUAGAAAGAAAAUAUAAUAUAUAUUUUUCAGUAAGAUAAAAGGCAAUAAAUAUAAAUAAAUGUUU